CCGCUGUGCGAAAAGCACGUGCACACAGUUCCCAUACAACCGCCGUAUGAAACUCUACGACGAGUUAGAAAUAAAGUUCGACUUUUCCAAACAUAUUUAAGUGUAAAUUUAUUGUCUUUUUUUAAUUCUUCAAUUUUAUUAAACUGCUUUGUAGUUUAUUCAAAAUUAAUAAUAAGAGUGAAAGCAAAAAUUAAUCAAAAUAAUCUCCGUAACAGUGACAAAGUUAAAAUGGAAUGACAAAAAUUUUACCGCGCCAUACCCGCUUGCCUUUGUACAAAAUGAAAUUAAAAAAGCAAAAUGACAUUUGACGGCAUUUUCUCAUUUUUUUGAAUUAGGAAAUGGAACUGGCUUGUCUAUGACAGGCAGUUCAGAAAUGGAAUAUCUUUGAUCGAAUUUUAAAAUCGUUUGUUGUUCCAAAAAAAAAAAAAUGGAGCAAUUUUUGCGCGUAAAUGAGACGGCGGAGGAUUUUUACGCGCGUUGCACGAAUUUGAGCGCGUUCGAUUGCAGUGAGGAAGAAAUGUUAUGGUGCAUGAUGGGUCCUAGGCGGUUGCCUUUAUCGAGGAUUGUGCCGAUUUCAAUAUUUCUUUUGUUGAUAUUUCUGACUGGCGUGAUCGGGAAUGUGGCCGUGUGCGUUGUGAUUGUGCGACACCCGGCAAUGCAUACGGACACUAAUUAUUACCUCUUCAGCCUGGCGCUUAGUGACUUAUUGCUGUUGUUAUUCGGUCUCCCCAACGACCUGUCAGUCUACUGGCACCAGUAUCCUUACAGCCUGGGCGUUGUUUUCUGCAAGCUACGGGCGUUAAUAUCAGAAGCGGCAUCAUACGUGUCUGUACUAACUAUAGUAGCGUUCACGCUCGAGCGCUACCUGGCUAUCUGCCACCCGCUACACAUCUACGCCGUAGCGGGCUUGCGGCGAGCACUACGGAUCGUGUUGGCUCUGUGGGCGCUCUCUUUACUCGCAGCUUCACCCUUCGCACACUACACUACCGUUAACUACCAUGAUUAUCCGCCAGCAUCAGGCAACGCGUCCCUGGAGUCAGCGUUCUGCGCGAUGUUGGAACUGCCAUCCUGGUACAUCUGCGAACUGAGCAGCUUCUUCUUCUUCAUCCUGCCUGGCCUGAUCAUCCUCUGCUUGUACGUGAGGAUGGGCUUGCGCAUUAGGUACGUGAUGGGAUCCACGCACACACACAACCCGGGCAGUCCGGGUACUCUUAAUGGAGUAAAUGGCAGUGUUCACGGAGAGGCGAGGCAAGCGCAGUCCAGGAAAAACAUCAUUAGGAUGCUGGCGGCAGUAGUGAUAGCGUUCUUCGUGUGCUGGGCCCCGUUCCACUUCCAACGCCUGUUCUUCAUCUACGGCAGCAGCGUGAGGUACUACCACACGAUCAACGAGUACCUGUUCCUGGCUGCGGGUGUGUUCUACUACGUGUCCGCUACUGUUAACCCGAUUCUGUAUAAUAUUAUGAGCCAUCGAUACCGCAUAGCAUUCAAAGAGACGCUGUGCUGCCGCCGCGCGCGGCGCCGCGCGAGCAGACUGCGGGACACUUCUAGUGUCAGAGAGACUAUGAUUAACCACAACUCAGAGGGCACGCAACUAGUCCGCGUCCGUUCCGCGAGCCACGACAGACGGUCUCGUACGGACCGAGGGAGAAGGAACAGCUACUACGGGACGGAACCAGACCGGUGGAAGCGGCACAAUGGAUGCAAACAUACGCACAGGUUUGGGGAUUGAUACUUGUAAAAAAAAGAAAAAAAAAUUUAGAGAUUGGUUUUAGAAUUUUUGCCAAAAUGAAAAAAAAAUUGUUUGGAGAGAUUGAUUUUUGAAUUUUUGGCGAAUUGUAAAAUAGCAUACCGUGCAUAGGUUUGGGGAUUGAUCUUGUAUGUUAUGAAAACAUGUAAGAAUGAGUAGAGAUUGAUUUCGUUAAAGAUAGAACAAAAAUAUAAUAUUUUGUACGUUGUAAUUAUACAUGUUUCAGUAUUCAAAAAAAUAAAAUUAAAAGUGGAAUAUUUUUUGUAGACUUUGCUGAAAUUGACUUUGUAAAGGAAGAGGUAAAAUUGCAAACUUUUUAAAAUAUUUUUGUUGUUUGUAUUACCUUUUCGAGAUUGUAGUCAUAUUUUCGUAUGUAAAUGUAAUUUAUUUACUUGUGUUAAGUAGAAUGUAAAUAAACAUAAAUAGUUGUAUAAUAUUUAUUAAAGUGAAUGUAAAUGAAAGAAACAUUUAUAAUUAUAAGUAUUAUAUUUUACGCUUUUAUUGUAAGUAAUGUAAUGUAAGUAAUGUAGUAAAUGUACUAAUGAAAUGUAGACAGCAAAAUAAAUUGUAGUCUCCUGAAAAAUGUAUAAAAAUAAAUGUAUUAAACGAUGUACCUAUGUAAAUGUAUGAUACACAGUAGUACCUAUAACUCCAAGACAUUUAUAUAUAAAAUGUAUUGCUUUAAAUGUUUCAAAGGAAAACGGAAAAUGCGAACAUAAAUUGGUCUAUUAAUUUCCGAAAUCGUCGGCUUAGAGCUGAUGGCGUAAUGUUCCCUUGUUUAAGAUAUUUGUGUCGUACUGAUUUAUUGUAUAAUUUGUCUCCUAAUGAUCUUAAUGUACCAGUUUAUAUGUAUAUUUGUAAAAAAGGGGUUUGUUUGUUUAAAGGUAUUAAAAUCAAACAAUUUGCUGUUAAUGUAUUUAGAACUAUUUUUAAUUAAAAUAUUUGUUUUCUCACUAUGCAAUUGGUAUAUUACAUCAAUAAAACAUAAUAUUUAGACCAGUAUUUUAUAUUAAAUGUAUUAUAAUAGGUUAGUAUUACAAUAGUAUGUUCUUAUUUAUGACAAAAUGAUUUAUUUAUAUGAAUAAGAUUGCUAGUCAAACAUUGUAUAAUUA